CUAUUGCGACACGGAGCGAGGAGCGCGGCGGAGGCUGCGGCGAGAGCGAGCCACCCGCACCCCGGAGCCGGCGGCCCCCGCGAGCGCGGCCAGCCCGACGGCGGCCCCCAGCCCCCCACCAUGAACACCAUCGUCUUCAGCAAGCUCAGCGGCCAGGUGCUUUUCGAGGAGGACGCCAAGGAGCGGGAGCGGAGCAGCCGGCCCUACGUGGGGGUGGUAGACAGGCCGCACCACGCCGAGGUGCUGCUCCCCGACAGCCCGUCCAUCAAGGAGAGCCUCAGCCUGCGCCACCGGCGGACGGGGGCCCGGCAGAGCGGCGGCAAGGUGCGGCACAAGCGGCAGGCGCUGCAGGACAUGGCGCGGCCGCUCAAGCAGUGGCUCUACAAGCACCGCGACAACCCCUACCCCACCAAGACCGAGAAGAUCCUGCUGGCCCUCGGCUCCCAGAUGACCCUGGUGCAGGUAUCAAACUGGUUUGCCAAUGCAAGACGUCGCCUUAAGAAUACGGUCAGGCAGCCAGAUCUUAGCUGGGCUUUGCGAAUAAAACUGUACAACAAAUAUGUUCAAGGAAAUGCGGAAAGACUUAGCGUAAGCAGUGAUGAUUCAUGCUCUGAAGAUGGAGAAAAUCCUCCAAGAAACCAUAUGAAUGAAGGGGGAUAUAACAAACCAGUUCAUCACACUGUGAUUAAAACUGAGAGCUCAGUGAUAAAAACAGGAGUGAGACCAGAAACAAGUGCCAGUGAGGAUUACGUGUCACCCCCCAAAUACAAAAGCAGUUUGUUGAAUCGUUACCUAAAUGACUCCUUGAGACACGUCAUGGCUACUAACGCAGCUAUGAUGGAGAAGACGAGGCAGAGGAAUCACUCGGGUUCGUUUAGUUCCAAUGAAUUCGAAGAGGAAUUGGUGUCUCCGUCGUCAUCAGAGACAGAGGGCAAUUUUGUCUACCGGACAGAAACUCUUGAGAAUGGACCAAGUAAGUGUGAAAGCGCAGCUAACAGAAAAGGAACCAGCAAAGAUGAAACAUACUGGAAGGAGAUCAACGCAGCUAUGGCCCUAACGAACCUUGCCCAAGGAAAGGAUAAACUGCAGGGAACUACCAGCUGCAUCAUUCAAAAAUCAUCACAUAUAUCAGAAGUAAAGACUGUGAAAGUGCCAUUAGUUCAGCAGUUUUAAGAGAUGGGUCCUUUUUCUUCUUCCCACCAAACGGACGUUUUCCUCACAGGAUUGGUUUUCAGUAAAAUCAGAUUCACAGAUACGAGGCAAAUGUGGAAAACAGGCCCCUUUUUACAGUAUGGUCAGUUAAAAAAAAACAUUCCUUCAGACUCAGAUGUUUUCAUUGUGUUAAAUGAAAUGUUCAAUUGCUUCUAUAAAAGGCAUGUAAGUUAUAAAAAACCUGUUUUUAUCAAAACAUUAACUUAUUUUAUGUUAAUCAAAGUGCGCAUAAGGUGUUUGCAUUGCUAUUACAGUAAGUGCCUUGCUUUCAAGAAAUAAGCUAUAACGUGGGCAUAGUACAACACUAUUAUGCCUCAAAAUGAUAAUGCCAUAAUGCUUAACCUUUGUAUAUUAUUCCAAGUGGGCUUAAGCAGCCUAGGGCUAAACUACGUUACUGCUGGAGGCCCUGGAGAAUUGUGCUUGUUUGACUUGUACAAAUAGAGUCUUAAUGGAAUCGUUACAUCUUUCUCACUCUCUUUUUUAACCAGUGUUAUAAAAAUUGUACAGUAUGUUUUGUCAAAGUGACAAUGAAGUUGUUAUGCAUGUUUCUCACCUGUAUAUGCAGUAUAUCAAAAUACCAAAAUCAUUCCUUUGAAAAGUGCAAUACUCUAGAACACACAAAUUUAGGAAAUAUGUGACUGUUCAGAUUCUUUUGAACUUAUACAUGUGCUCCCAGACAUGCUGCCCAUUAUAGAUUUCUAGUUGAGAAGGUUAAAGCCAGACUAUCUGUAAAUUCAAAUUGAAUUUCUAUCCUUUUAAGGCUUUGCUAGUGACUUAUUGAAGUUUUGAUGCAAGUAGACAGAACUGAUUUCUUCUUGUACAAAACUAAAUCUAUAGUGCAGUUCAUUAUUUGCAAUGGAGCUCAGAAAAUUUCCCUGAUACAAAUUAUUACUUUAAUGUGUUUUAAAUGGUUUUAUUUUAUAUCUGCUGCAUAUUUGAGGGCAGUUGAUUGACAAUUCACAUUUCAAUGAAAAAAGCUAUAAUAAAAUCUGAAAGCCCAAACAAGAAGCAUAGGGGAUAUGAAACAUUGAAAAAUCUAAGCAUCCAAUUUAGGAGAGUUUUAAGUAGAUACUAAGCCAUGUAUUAAAUGUCAUGUCUCUAAACUUGACGGCUAUUGAGUGUAAUAACUAACACAAAACAAAGUUUGUUUUUUAAGGGGAUUUUUUUGGUGUACAAGUUAUUCUUAAGGCAUAUAACAAUACCCUAAUGGGGUUUACAGUGCUUGAAUAAACAGUGGCAAAGCCAAAUAUGAUUUAUACCGAAUCAGUUACAGAAAACUGGAAAAGAGCUGAUUGUCGCUAGGAUUUGGAUUUUUUCCUGUGGGUGUCCUGUCAGGAUUUUUCCUACUUAUCCCUCUCCUCUUUGCUCUUUUUGGUGAGCCAUCAAUGAACAAGAUAUGACUUUAGUCCUGCUCCCAUUGAAUUUAAUGGCAAAACUACCCCUUCAAUGGAAGCAGGAUUGUGCUAAUGAUGCAACUAACUUGCAAGUAUAGGCUGUUCCAGUUGCACUAAAAUAGUCAAAAUAUGUUGCAAAUAUCAGCUUUGGUGUGACUUCUUAGGAGACUUCUUGAUGUAACAUAACAUGUUGUUUGGUUUAUUUAGUGUAUGAUGAAAAUGAUUUGAUAUGAAAAUAUUUUGUACAUAUAUAUUUUUACUUUGUUUUCUAAAUUGCUGAUUUGCAUUGACUUAAAGUGCCAAGCAAGAAAUGUAUGUCAUGACUGUAUGAACAGUUGAAGUAUAUGUUUUACUGACUUGCAUCAUUAUGUGUCUAGGAUUCCAUGACAAUAAUUUUUGAUACUUUACUGGAUUUUGACAUAAUAAUGUGAGUUUAUAACUAAUAGCAGAGAGUUAAUACUUCACAUUUGUUCAUACUAUUAUAAGUUAUUCUGGUAUUAAAUAUUUUGUGACAAUAAAUUGAUGGUUUUGACAAUCUUCUGUUAGAUAUAUUCACAGUGUUUUUUGUCUGCAUAAAUGACAACAAUAUUUGUCAUGUUAAAAAGAUACUUUUGGUGACUUCUCUGGAGUAAAAUUGGAGAAGGCAAGCCAUUGCAUAAACAAAUUGUUCAUGGUUCUUUUUGUAAAUGAUCAAAGCACAAAGAAUAAUCUGUAAAACACAUCAAGCAGGUUUAAAAUUUAAGAAAUAUGUGGCAUAAUUUCUUGUUACCAUUUCCUUUAAUUUAUUAUUUUUUCUACUGCUGCUUUAGAGUUUUCCAAAACACAAAUUCUAAUGAAUUAUGUGUGUGUCUUUUAUAAAUAACAAAAAUCAUGAUCAGUGCUGAGCCAACAGCUAAUGAAGACUCAAUAAUUAUUUAUGAUAGAGGAAAAACAAACAUUAUUACUAUUGCUCUUCUUUGUUUCAACAUAU